CUACGCGAUUACUCCAAUAAUAGAUAUAAUGACGCAGUUAGUGUGUGACGUAUCGCCCACGCAUUGUUUAUUACGCGCCCACCCCUCGAGGAGCGCGCGACAGAUUGCUAUGAAUAACGCGUUCAUUAAAUACCACCGGACCAUGCGAAGGGGUUCAUAAUCGAUGGGAUACCCUGCCGAGGGUUCAGUGGUGAUAAAGACAUGGAUGGCGAUAGUCCACCGUUGGUGUCCACCAAGAAGAGAAUUAGUCCGCCGAUCAGCUGGGGCCUCGGUCUCGUCAACAGAGACUCAUUCAAGACGGUCAAAGUGAUCUUACUGGGCCAACCCGGCGUCGGCAAGUCGGCCUUAGCCGUACGGUUCGCCACGAAACGCUUCAUAGGCGAAUACGAUUGCACGACGGACAGAAUCUACCGAGUCGACAAUCAUCUAGGAUUCUCGUGGGAAAUAGCGGAUCCUCCCGGAUCUCCACCUGGCUCCGCCGAGCCGAAAUUGCGAUGGGCCGAUGUGAUAGUUCUUGUUUAUUCGGUAACGGAUCGAGUUAGCUUCGAUGAGACUUCUCGCCUGAGGUUUUUGGUAUCGCAUGCGCGAAGAGGCAGAAAGGUGCCACCGGUCGUGUUGCUUGUGGGAAACAAGGCCGAUCUCUCCUGCUCUCCGGGUGAGCGUAUGGUGUCUGCUCUAGAAGGCCAGAAAAGGGCAAAAGAAAUCGAGGCUCACGCUUUCCACGAGAUUUCCGUAAGGGAAUCGGUUGAUCAGGUCACGGCCGUAUUCAUGAACAUAUUAAGAUUGCUGACCGAAUUGCAUAGCAGUCCAGGACAACAGCAGGCAUCUUUCAGACUGAGAGCUUGUACGACGGACGGGAACAUAGACAGUCUCCGCCAACCGUCAUCUCCAGAGUUGAGAAGAAGGUUCAGCAUUUCCGCUCGCGGAAAUUUAUUGUAAUCAUUAGACUUAAAGUCGAGAUUGAAUAAUUUUAUUCUGCUACACAUCGAAGGAGAACACUGUACAGAAAUAUAUAUAUUCUAACUGUUUUAAUAAAUCUAUAUUUGUAAAAAAUUUAAA